CUACUACUACUACUUUUAUCACUAACAUCAUCUUCUUUGUGUAUUCAUGUUCCUGUGAAACGGAUUGUACUCACUUCUUUUUUCCUAAAAUAUCUAGUUUGUGUACAUAGUAAUGGCAUGUUUGAUAAGAACUGUUUUUCCCAAAAAAGGGGACAAUCCAACAGCUGGAUCACAAUCAUCUAAUGUCGACAAUGAUAUACCCUUGGAGGAGAUCCCAAUGGAAGAGUCUGUGAAGCAAAUCUUAACUGAUGAACAGAUAUACGAUGAUCAAUGGUCAGUAAGCAGAAAUAAAUCCUACUUUGUGGUUCAGUUUUCUGUAUCUGAUUCGAACAAAAUGGAGCGUAUCUUAGACAGAUUGGCAUACUUCAAUAUUGGGAAGACUAAUGAUUCAUCUAUCAUGGUCACUGAACCUAUGAUCAACGUUCAAAAACGUAAUAAAGAAGGAAAAUCUGGUGUUAUCUCCUAUUCUGCUAUACAAAAUUUCAUUGGAACAUUGAAAUCACGACUGUGUGUUGCCCAGGUAUACAACGAAAUUAAUCAACGUGGAUCAUUUGACAUGAAUUACUUAUGCUUUCUAUUGUGUGCAGCCAUUGUAGCAAAUAUAGCUCUGGUAACAAAUUCUGCUGGUGUUGUAUUCGCUAGUAUGCUGUUAUCACCUCUAAUGGAUCCAAUUAUGUGCAUUCUAUUUGGCCUUAAUCUACGUGAUCGUAAUAUGACAACUAAGGGGAUACGAAACACAUCCGUAUCAUUAAUUAUCUGUGUCAUGAUUGGCUUAACAUUUGGUUAUGUUGCGCAUCUUAUCAGUGCUUUUCAGGAUGUUAAACCGUAUCCAACAGGUGAAAUGGCGAUAAGGGGUGAACUAAGAUCAUUCAUUGGAUCCAUGCUUGUUGCCGCAUUCUCCGGUGUCAGUGUCUCCUUUGCUAUACUGAGUAAACGAUUAUCAGCUUUAAUUGGGAAUGCAAUCUCGCUUUCACUGUUACCGCCAGCAGUCAACUGUGGUCAUUUACUGCUGCUUUCUCUUUUGGCAAUUUCUUCCGUGGAAAAAGUUCAGCCAAUAACCAUUGGAGAAUGGAAUCAAACAACAAAUUUACAUCAAUGUAAAUAUUCAUGGAUUCGACAAUAUGAAUUCAUUUAUAUGCAAAAUUCGUGUAAUGCUCCACUGGAAUUUCUAUAUGUUGGUUUAUCAAGUUUCUGUCUUGUUACAAUGAAUAUUCUGCUCAUCCUGAUAACUGGAUAUACAGUGAAUAAGAUAAAAAAUUUAGUGCCUCUUUCAUUUACAAAUGAAAUCACCAGAAGAUUUUACCAAAAGGAUUUACGAGCAAGAAGUUCGCGAGAAUUAUAAAUGUUUACACAAAUUUGAUGCAUCUGAUUUAGCCACUUAUGCAUACAAUGAAUACCUUCGUUUGAAUAAAAUAA